AUGGAACCAUUAAGUUCAUCAAUUCCAGAUUUUGGCAAUCUCCAGAGCGGACAUCCUGAAGGAAAUUCAAUAGAAGUUGAGGGUUUCAAGAAUCGUGUUGAUGAACUUUUCAACAAGGUUGAUAAGCUUGAGCAAAGAGUGAAUGAGGUUGAACAGUUCUACUUGAACAUAAGCAAAAAGCAACAGACUGGAUCAAAAGGUAGUUCUAUUGUCAAGGAAAAAGACAAGGAGAAACAUGUACCUAGCAUAAGGAAGCAGCAGCAAGAUGCAUCUAAAAGGGAGGCAGCUGCUUCAAAGAGAAUGCAAGAGCUUAUGCGCCAAUUUGGCACAAUAUUGCGCCAGAUCACACAACACAAGUGGGCAUGGCCUUUUAUGCAACCUGUAGAUGUCAAAGGUCUUGGCUUACAUGACUACUAUGAGGUUAUUGACAAGCCCAUGGACUUCAGUACCAUAAAAAAUCAAAUGGAGGCUAAGGAUGGUACUGGAUAUAAGAAUGUUAGGGAGAUAUGUGCUGAUGUGAGAUUAGUUUUUAAGAAUGCAAUGAAAUAUAAUGAUGAAAGGAGUGAUGUUCAUGUUAUGGCCAAAACCUUACUAGCAAAAUUUGAGGAGAAGUGGCUACAACUUCUGCCUAAAGUCACUGAAGAGGAGAAAAGACGAGAAGUCGAGGAAGCAGAGGCUCAGUUGGAUAUGCAGCUUGCUCAGCAGGCUGUUCAUGCUAAAAUGGCGAGAGAAUUAAGUAAUGAGAUUUAUGAUAUUGAUAUGCAUUUGGAUGAACUCAGAGACAUGGUUGUUCAAAAGUGCAGAAAAAUGUCAACUGAAGAGAAAAGAAAGCUUGGGGCAGCUCUUACAAGAUUGUCUCCUGAAGAUCUCACUAAAGCAUUAGAGAUUGUAGCUCAAAAUAAUCCAGGUUUUCAAGCUACAGCUGAAGAGGUGGAUCUUGACAUUGAUGCUCAGAGUGAAUCAACUCUAUGGCGGUUAAAAUUUUUCGUGAAAGAUGCCCUUGAAGUUCAGGGUAAAAAUGCAGCAAGCACAGGUGGCAAUAAUAACAAUAAUAGUAACAACACCACCAACAACAACAAUAGCAACAAUAAACGGAAAAAAGAGAUUUAUGAGGCAAUUGCCAAAACUGCCAAGAAAAAGAGUAAAAAGGCCUCUGCUUGAUCUUAUUGUACUAUAGUACGGUGUAUUUUUGUUCAACUUCACUUUAGUUGCAUUACAAGUGGAUCAAUUCUUACUUUUUAGUCGUGAGCCUGACAAAUUAAUGGUGGGAAGCAGCAACACUGUUGGGUAGUUGCUUGGUAAAUAGUAUUUAUCUUUUUGUCUUACUAAUUGCUGAAAUUAGUCGCCUUCUAGCAGUUGGCAAAAAAGCAAACAAGCUUGCUGAGAUGGUGACGACUAUUCUGGCAAUUUGUGCUCACUUCAACAUGUGCUGUAGUUACAUUGUAAUAUGCAUGACAACAAUAUAUGUUUAUCGCAUUUUCUUCUCUUAGUAGCCAAGUCAAGUGCAUUUUGUUA